UCAGUUUGUUUAUAGUUUUAUUGCUUUAUUCAGCAGCUAGCGACUAAAGGAAUGUUUUUUAAAAAGUAUUAUUCCCACUGGGGAAUUAUCGCGAUAUGAAUUUGACCUGCCGUGUAUAACAAUCAAUUCUAGCUGCUGAGAUAUAGUAGCUUGUUACUACAUUUGUGUAGUUUUGUUAUUAUUCGUCCAGGCGCACAGAUGUCCCAGCAGGGGCUCCUGUGGUGCUAAAAUAAGCAGCUGUAAGGAGUCACGAAGGCUGGUAGCUGUGUUAUUUGUGGUGCUGGAGUAAGACGUCCUGUGUCCUGCACCUCAAAGCCCCGGCGACUGGUGCAGUCAGUGCACUUAUUAAGCUCGUCUGGUGUGAUAACAUCAGAUCAGUUGUAUCCCCUUUCCUGUUUCUCUUCAUCAUUUUAAAUCAAAUUCCUUUAAAAAAAGUACUCUCACGUUCUCUUACAUUACGAUAGUUAAAUAAACAAGAACUUACGUGCCCUCGAGCAAGACGCUGUCAUCAUUAUCCACUCACGUUGUAUGCGUCCCAGGACUCUGAUGAUUUAUGGGGAACAAACCAGGACUUCUUCUUUGGAAGGUUGGCUAUUCGACACCUGGCUGCUCCAGUCUGCAUGCCAGAUAUCCUUAGGUAAAAUACUAACACCAAGUUGCUCUCCGUCAUAGCAUGCAUGUUAGAUAGAAAGCACUUCAGUAGGAAAAAGCAGAGAAUAAAGCGCUUGUGUGAAUUGGUGAAUGAGGCACAUAGUUUAAAUCGCUUUGAGUGCUUAGGUAGAGUAGAAAAAUGCUAUAUAAGAAUCGUCCACGGAAACAUAUCCAUUAUCUCUUCUCUCCAAAUGUCUCUUUGGAGUUUUAUCUGUGGAUCAGACAGAAACAUACAUUAAGAAUAAUAAUAAUAGUAGGAACACCACGUUUUUGAUUUGUAUAUAACAUUAUUUUAAUAUAAAAUUUAUGUCGGACAUGUUUGCACAUACAAAUCAGACAUUUGUUGGCUUAUGACGUUUUUCUUCUGUCUCCACUUACUCCUAGUAGAGAUUUCUGCCAUAUUACACAUCUGGUUAGUGACUUUGUGUCUCUAGUUCUAUUCUUGGCCUAAACACCAAAACCAAACAAUGAGUUUAAAACACCUCAUAAAUUUCUGUAACACUGAGAGGAACCUUAAAGUUCUGCUGGUUUACAUUACACAGUCAUGUUCAUUUUUCAUAGUACCGCAAUAAAAACACACGCAGAGCCUUAAGGCAGUAAGUGCACUCUCCGGGUUACGUGGUUUAAAUAUAAGCUGGGCUCUGCUAUCAGUCAUUACUUGUGAUAUUGACGUAGUUAGAGUUACCUUGCAUUACCUUAAUCAAAGUUCAAAGGUCCUGACACCAUAUCCACAUGCAGAAUAAUCAUUAAUGCAGUCUAGGUGUCAUUUGAUUUACGGCUUUGUUAUGAUGAAUUAUUAAUCUCCUAUAUUUGUCCUGAGUGUAGCAGUCACAUUCUUGCAGUCAUGGUUUAUAAAUAACCUUGUGUGACUUGCUCAGCUCAGCCUUUUGGCAGUCCUCAGGGUGGAGAGUAUGCAGCAGGGUGUUUGUGAGGGUGUGUGUAUUGCAAAGAGAAAGUGUCCCUGUCAUUAACUGGUCACAUUACGUGAGUGAGCAGGGCUGUGGGUGUGUGCCUCUAAAGGCUUUAUUUUUGCAGCACACAGCAUGAAGGGGAAUUAGCUCAAAUGGUAGAGCGCUCGCUUAGCAUGCGAGAGGUAGCGGGAUCGAUGCCCGCAUUCUCCAACAAGUUUUUUUUUUUUCCAAUCUGGAUUAAAUACUUUUAAAGAAUGUGAAGAUGCCAGAUUCUUUCAGCACCAUCCCCACAGAAGCCCUCAACUCAAAAACUUCCUUAGUGGACCUGCUCUCACACCCUACAGAGCUUUACCCAGCAGACAGCUUCAUUAACGCUCUCAGUAACAUCAGCAGUGUUAGUGGGGCGGUUAACCCUCGCUGCACCUACAAGGAAGACUUUAAGCGCAUUUUACUUCCUGCUGUGUACACCAUCGUCUUCCUGCUUGGGAUUCCUCUGAAUGCCACCGUCAUACUGAAGAUAUGGAGGAAGAGGUCCAAUUUGUCCAGAAACAACAUCUACAUGCUCAACUUGGCCAUAGCCGACUUUCUGUAUGUGAUGUCACUUCCUUUACUCAUCUACAACUAUGCGAGUCAUGACUACUGGCCCUUUGGGGAGUUUACCUGUAAGAUGGUCAGGUUUCAGUUCUACAGUAAUCUCCAUGGCAGCAUCCUGUUCCUGACCUGCAUCAGUGUGCAGCGUUAUUUGGCCAUUUGCCACCCUCUCUCGGUGUGGCACAAGCAGGGCGGUCGCAAGAUGGUGUGGUGCGUCUGCGGAUUGGUAUGGCUGGUGGUUGGCUCCCUGUGCGCGCCAACUUUCCACUUUGCAGCAACAGGGCAACAGCGCAACCGCACCGUGUGCUACGAUUUGAGCACGCCAGGGCGCUCGGUAGACUACUAUCCUUACGGCAUGGCUCUGACGUGCCUCGGCUUCUUGCUGCCUUUCAUAGGCGUGAUGGUUUGCUACUGCAAGAUGGCCUUCAUCCUCUGCCGCCCAGUGUCCUACCAGGGCGUCUCCAUAGCGCCUGGGGAUAAACGAGACAGGGCGGUGAGGAUGAUCAUUAUUGUAGCCGCGGUGUUCUGCGUAAGCUUCCUCCCGUUUCACCUCACAAAGACUCUGUACCUGGUGGUGCGCACCUUGCCCAAUGCUCCCUGCACAACAAGAAACUUGUUCUCAAUCAUCUAUAAGAGCACCAGACCGUUUGCCAGCAUGAACAGCUUUCUGGACCCGAUUCUGUUUUACUUCACGCAACCACGCUACCGCCGGAGCACCAGGAGGUUCGUGCGCAGAGUCACCACUCUAAAGAGCCAAGGCAGCAGCGUGUGAGCGAACAGUGCUCCUUGAAGCCUUGUUAAGAUUUAAAACACAGAGAUGGAUUCGUUUUCUAACCUUGCUUUUCUGAAGUUCCUUCUCUUAUUACAGUAAACUGUUGUCCUUGAGGCUUUCAGCUAUUAGUGACUAAAAAAUGUGUUUAAUAACAGUCUGAAGAAGCCAUCUGAAGUGCCAUAUAAAGACUCAAUGCAGUGUGAAUGGAAAAUGUUGACAAUGUCCUGCUUGCAUUGUUUUGAACUGGGAAUUAUUAUCACACUGACUGUGAGUGUAUUUGAUUGUGCGAAUUCAUAGAUUUUGGUUUAUAACUCUGGAUGGGGAAUACUGUAAUCCUCUAAUGAAAAUGUCCUGCACUGUACAUAAGUGAUGUUUACUUUCAAGCUCCACUGCACUGCUUUUUUUUUCUGAAAUCCCCCUUUUUUUACAUUGUUUAACACACUGUGACGUGUACUUUAAAUUGAAACUACUGAAUUAUUGGGGAAUUUUAGUAUCUAUGCGAGGUGUUACGAUAGAGAUGCAUCGUGCUGGAAUGAGAUGCAGUUGAGGAAAGGAGAAAAUAGUUCAUUUGAACUUGCUAGGCUAAAAUCCUCUCUGGCACUGUUUUUUGGUGGUGUUUAUGCUUGCAUGUUGAAUCUGCACUAGUCUGAGGAAAGGAACUGAAAGGUGGGGUUGGGGGUAUACUUUGCAAACAGAGGCUGCAAAAAACAGAAGUUUAUGUUCACUGAUUUAAAAGUGGAGUAUUAUGCGUUCCAAUGAAGGUCUGUAGCUCUGUUUUUCCUUGAAAGUGAUGCGUUUCUACAUUAUCCAUGUCGUAAUAGCUGCUGUUGCGGGUUUUAACCACUGGAUGGUGCGCGCACGCCACUGCUGUAGCCCCACUGCCUCUGUCAUAAUAGGUUGGGGUUUUUUUUGCCUGUCCCGUUUGGAUCUUUAGCCAUCAGAAUUGUUGUCUGAAGGCCAAGAAAGAUGCCAAGCAGAUUUACUUUACCGAAUGGAUCAUCUGUCAUAAUAGUAUUGAUGUUAGCAUGUAUCAGAUCUUACAGUCACAAAUAAAACAUUGUCAAGAAAACCGUUAAAUGUGCAGCUCACAGCGCGCUGACAUAGGCCGUCAGUUGCUGACUGAUCUUUGUCUUGUACUUAUAAAUUCUGCAGCAAAUGAAGGAAAUCAGUUUAAAUUAUAUGUUUAAUUCAGUUAUUUUUUUAAAAGUCAUUUAAAGGUAAAGAUAGAGGCAGAUUGUGGAGUUAAGGGCAUUAAAUGAACUCUGUGGUUUUUUAUGAGUGUGUGAAUCUUUUCAGUCUAACUGGGAUUCCUGUACAUAUGAAAUGUUUAGUACUUAGCACUGCUUUGACGUGAUUUAGCUGUAUGACGUAGGUUGUCAGCUGCGUGAUCUGGUGACUUAAAAUGUUCAUGAAAUGAACAUAAAUGUAGAUGGCAUAUGCCUGCAUGUACAUAUGUGUACUUUGAUGUUUACUGUAAAAAUGUGCCCUGUGUUUUACAUGUCAUACCUGCCUUUCAUAGUGAGCACCUUUGUCAUGUUUUUAAACAGUGAGUCUUUGCCCUGUGACGAGCUCUGGACAAACAAUGCACUUACCGUGGAGUGAAAUAAACGUGAUUAAUAAUUUUGUGACAUUCGUGUUAACCAGAAGAUUUCAGAGUAGCCAAACUCAUAUGUUACACUAGACUGUGCCAGCUUGAGACCAGUAUGUUGUUAAAUUCUGAAAUGACAAUGUGAAAAACGGCUUUCAACUCGUAUUGCUCUGAAGCUCCUGUAACAGGUUAACACUUUAAGUAUUUGUUGUAUGUGUCAUUCUAAUGUGAAUGUGCAGCUUUGACCUCAGUAUGAGGUGGUGAUGUGCUUCAGUUUCCUAAUGUGUGCUCAUGUGUAUCUGUGCAUAGUAACAAUAGUCAUGUAAUAUGUGUGUGUUGUACUUUAGAAAAAGUGAAUGUCACAGUCAUCUAUCAUCUAUUGAGACCCAGACGUCAGUAUUAGUUAGAAGGGUUAUUUUUAUCAAAUUCCCUAACAAAUGAAUAAUGGGAAUGGUUUUUUAUUUUUAUAGACAUGUAAUUAUGUUGAUAGAAAAACUAAAACUGAAGGGUUUUUUGGGGUUUUUUUUUGCUGUACAGAUGCUUAAUUUUCUGUGUUGUGUUUCUGAUUGUUGCCAUGUCGUACUAACUGAAACUAUUAAAAGCCAUGAAAAACACGAUGUUUUCUCAAUCGUAUAUUAAUACUGAGGGAGUAGACUGUGUUGCUUCCUUUUUUUCCAUUUUUUACUGUAGUUUAACUUCAAGCGUUCAGUUUAGGCAGAACUUGAAUUCAAACCUUAGGUGUGAAUAUAAAAAAGCAGCCAGUAGCUUCUGAAUCCAUAUGAUUAUAUGAUGACAGCUGUUUAAAUGAUGUGACAAAUGACUGAAAAGACAUCAUCUAAGAGUUUGUGAUCUGCUUACACGCUACUGUUCAACCUUUAGGUAACACCAGUGCGUUAUCAGCCAAUCACAAUACAGCAACGCAGUGUAUUUACAUAUGUAGAUUAUUGAAGUUCAAACGAAGCAUCAUAAUGGGGCAAAAAAGGUGAUUUAAGUGUAUUUCAGGAACUAAAGAUGUGCUGGGAUUUUUCCUGCACAAACAUCUUUGGGGUUUACAGAAGAUGAACUGAAAAAAGGGAAAUAUCCAGUGAGCAGCAGGUCUCUAGGUGAAAAUCAUCUCUGUUUUCUUGAACACAACAGUGAGUUCACUGUACUUGAACGGUCUCCGCAGUCACCAGAUUGCAGUCCAUUAGCCGCUAAUGGUUAGCACAAAGAGUUAUGAAGACAAAAAGGGGAUCUGGCCCAGUAUUAGCCGUAUAGAAUAGAUUAG